GGACGAUGUCAUCAUCGCUGCCUGGAACCUGUACCUCGCUCAGUCAGCCAGCAGCCAAGCCGGGCAUCUAAGCGGGCCGCGGGCAGAUAUAUAACCCGCAUUCACAUUCAAGGCGCAACGCAACGCAACGCUUGCACGCACAGUAGCCCACCAUGUCCGCGCCCCCAAAGACUAUGAAGGCUGUCGUGGAGAACGAGGCUGAGAACGGCGUAGAGGUCAAGGAGAUCCCGCUGCCGCCGCUCGAAGACAACGAGAUCCUCGUCAAGGUCGACCAUGUGACGCUUAACCCGACCGACUGGAAGCAUGUCGCAGCGCUGUCGACCAAGGGCAGCAUCAUCGGCUGCGACUACGCCGGCACGGUCGUCGAGGUGCCGGGCUCGGUGUCGCACCAGCGCUCGCACAUCCGCGCGGGCGCGCGCGUCGCUGGCUGGGUCCACGGCGGCUUGUUCAAGGACCGCGGCGCGUUCGCCCAGUACCUCAAAGUGCCGGCGGACCUCACGUUUCCGAUCCCGGACGACAUGCCGUCCGAGCAGGCGUGCACGUUCGGCAUCCCGUUCUACACGGCGUUCCACGCGCUCAAAUACUCGCAGAAGGGGCCGUGGCCGCCUGCCAAGGCCGGCGGAUGGUUCCUCGUGUACGGCGGCUCGUCGGGCGUCGGCUUGUUCGCGAUCCAGCUCGCCAAGCUCAUGGGCCACCUGGUCGUCACGGCGUGCUCGGCGCGCAACUUUGACCUCGUGAAGAGCUACGGCGCCGACGCCGUCGUCGACUACAAGGACGCGGACGCAAUCAUCAAGAUCAAGCAGGUGACAGGCGGCGGCGUGCACAAGGCCCUCGACUGCAUUUCCCUGCCGGACAGCAACGCGUUCACCCUCGCCUGCUUCGCCGAGGGCAAGGGACAGAUGAACGUCAUCCUCCCGCCCGACAGCAAGGCCGUCGCCGCCCGCCCAGACGUCGAUGUGCAGAGCACCCUGCUGUAUACCCUGUGGGGGCGCGCGUUCGAGUUCGGCCCCCGCGGCGGCGCAAAGAUCCCCCUGCCCGCCAUCAAGGAGGAGCUCGAGUUCCACCGCGAACUCGUGGCCAAGAUCCCCGAGUUUAUCGCGCUCGGGUUCAAGGCGCCCCCGAUCGAGACGCGCGGCGGCAUCGACGACAUUGCACAGGGCCUCGCGGACAUGCGCGACGGCAAGCUGUCAGGCAAGCGGUAUGUGUACACGAUCGAGUAGGCGUGUC